AUGCGCGUGGUGGAGGAGGACCUGUUACCGUCGACGCCGGGGAAGGUGAAGGUGGAGCGGCCGGGGACGAUGAGCCGGCACCUCCACCGCUGCUUCGCGUCCACGGGCACCAUGUUCCUGUGGGCGCUCUUCCUCGUCGCCAUGACGGCCACCUACCUCAGCGUCCACUCCUUCGUCGACACCUCGUCCCGCUACUUCACCGCGUCCUGGGGCGGCCUGCACUGGGAGCGCCAGAUCCGGUCGUCGGCGUCGCCGCGGCGGCCGCCGGGGUCCGCCGAGGGCGCCGGCCUGUCCGUGCUGGUGACCGGCGCCGCCGGGUUCGUGGGCACGCACUGCGCGCUGGCGCUCCGCCGCCGCGGCGACGGCGUCGUCGGCAUCGACAACUUCAACUCCUACUACGACCCGUCGCUCAAGAAGGCCCGCCGCGCGCUGCUGGGCUCCCACGGCGUGUUCGUCGUGGAGGGCGACGUCAACGACGGCCGCCUCCUGGCGAAGCUCUUCGACGUCGUGCCAUUCACCCACGUGCUCCACCUCGCCGCGCAGGCGGGCGUGCGCUACGCCAUGGAGAACCCGGCGUCGUACGUGCACUCCAACGUCGCGGGGCUCGUCUCCCUCCUCGAGGCAUGCAAGGACGCCGACCCGCAGCCGGCCGUCGUCUGGGCGUCGUCGUCCUCCGUCUACGGCCUCAACGACCGCGUCCCCUUCUCGGAGGCGCACCGCACCGACCGGCCGGCGUCGCUCUACGCCGCCACCAAGAAGGCCGGCGAGGAGAUCACCCACACGUACAACCACAUCUACGGGCUCUCCGUCACGGGGCUCCGCUUCUUCACCGUGUACGGUCCGUGGGGACGACCCGACAUGGCCUACUUCUCCUUCACCCGGAACAUCCUCCAGGGGAAGCCCAUCACGGUGUACCGGGGCAGGGACCACGUCGACCUCGCCAGGGACUUCACCUACAUCGACGACAUCGUGCGGGGGUGCCUGGCGUCUCUGGACACGGCGGGGAGGAGCACCGGCACUGGCGGCAAGAAGCGGGGGCCGGCGCCGUACAGGAUUUUCAACCUCGGGAACACGUCGCCGGUGACGGUGCCCACGCUGGUGGCCAUCCUGGAGAGAUACCUGCGGGUGAAGGCGAAGAAGAACGUCAUCGAGAUGCCCGGCAAUGGCGACGUGCCGUACACGCACGCCAACAUCAGCCUGGCCAGGGAGCAGCUCGGGUACAAGCCGACGACGAGCCUGGAGAUGGGGCUGAAGAAGUUCGUCAGGUGGUAUCUCUCCUACUACGGCUACAACCGGGGAACGCAUACCUUCAGGAACUCAUGACUGGUAAAUUGUAUGACUGUGGGUCUUCCACUCUCUGAUCGAAGACUGACAUUUUUUUGGUUUUGGGGAAGAAUUCUGUAGUUGGUCAGCAAGAGAGCAGGGAAUGGCGAUGGAGCGAUGAAAUGGAGGGGCGAUUCUCUUCAUUCUGUAUUUUCUUCUGUAAAUUGUACCACUUAU